AUGGCUGAGCGACGAUCUUUUGACAUGAAACCUGAUGUGGAUGCCGUCGAGAAUAUGGUUGACAAACCUCAUCAUGAGUCCCACGAUGCCUCUGGUACAGUUAAUCUCUAUCAGGAUGGGACUGUUGUCCUAGUCCCUACGCCUAGUCCCGAUCCCAAAGAUCCUCUCAACUUGCCUUCCUGGCGCAAAUACAUGAUCAUCCUCCUCGUGGGCUUCUACUCCGGCAUCUCAGUCCUCGGCACAUCCGGUCUCGGCGCAGUAACCCCCGAACUUCACAAAAUCUAUCACAGCGAUGAUCCCAAGCGCAUCACCGACUUGCUCACGUACCCGACUCUCUUCAUGGGCAUCGGCAACUUGUUCUCCAUGCCACUCGCCAAUGCCGUCGGUCGUCGACCCAUCUUUCUCUUCUCAGUCCUACUCUUGACAGUUUCUGGUAUCUGGUGUGCUUGUUCGACUUCGCUUUCGAGCCAUAUUGCAGGUCGAAACGUCUUCAGUCUCGCUGCGGGACAGAGCGAGGCUCUUGCGCCGUUGAUUGUGCAGGAAGUGCACUUUCUGCAUCAGCAUGGUGUCAAGUUGUCGUACUUUGUCGGUGUGCAAAAUACUCUUACUGCGGCAAUGUUUACUGCGACAACUUAUAUCGUGCCGAGUAUCGGAUUGCCUUGGUGGUAUGGAGUUAUGACUAUCAUCAAUGGCUUCACUAUGAUUAUGUCAUUCUUCUUCUUGACCGAGACGCGCUUCGAGCGUCCCGAGGAUGCUACUAAGGGCGCUGUCCACCUCAAACUCGAUAAGAAUGGCAACGUUGCCUCCGAAGGUACCAACGAAGUCCUCUUCCAAGUAACAACCCGCCAAGGCGUCGUCCUCCAGCCCGAGAAAUUUGGCGAGAGAACCUUCCGCGACGACAUCCGUCUUUUUCACGGACAGUUCGAUUGGAAGGCCGCACUGCUCUUCUACAAGGACGUCGGCCAAUCUCUCAUCCUGCCACCUAUCUUCUGGAUCUUUGUCCUCAACGGUGCUUUCUUGGGAUUAUACAUCUACCAAGCCUCCACUUUUGCUCAAAUAUUGGUCAUGCCGCCUUAUAGUUUCAGUCCUGAACUGUUGGGCUAUGUUCAGCUUGUGCAGAUUGUUGAUUGUCUUAUUGCUGUGCCUAUUCUUGGAGUUGGGUCAGAUGUGAUCUGCAAGUUUAUGAGUCGUCGCAACAAGGGUGUCUUUGAGCCUGAGUACCGACUCCUUACUCUCAUCAUCCCUGCCGCCGCCGCUAUGAUCUCAGCCAUCUUCUACGGCCGCGCAGCUGCCAACCCUAACGACUACCACUGGAUCGCCAUCGUGGCCUGCUAUCAUCUUGGCUUCUUCGCUUUCCUCGGCGCCAACUUGGUCGGAAUCACAUUUGUCAUGGACAGUUAUCCCAACAAGUCUGGACCUCUUCUUCUGGUUGUUUGUGCCGGUCGAGGUUUCGUCUCUUUCGGAUUGAGUUAUGCGACCGUGCCUUCUAUUGAGUCUCUGGGUUAUGACGGUGCUAUGAACAUACUUGCUAUCAUUUGUGGUGUUCUGAGUGGUUUGGGAAUCGUUGUGUACUUCAUUGGAAAGAGGGUUCGUGAGUGGGCUCGCAGGACUAUCUGGCCUAAGCAGCAUGAGGAAUGA